AUGACGAUUGAAUCAGACUUGAAAACAGCUUACCAGACUUUAUAUGAUCAUAAGAACCCUGAAAAUGCAUUAGAAUUAUAUAACGGUAUAUUGGAACAAUCACCCGAAAAUUUGAAUGCUAGUAUUUACAAAGCAGCUUCAUUGGAGAAACUAUAUUUCGCAAAUGAAAAAUGGCAUAAUGAAGAGACGAUUGAGUCUGCUAAGAAAUUGUUAAACAAAGCGCUAGAUUUGGCAAUAAAUAGAGGUAUUCGUUCUAAGAUUGGUUUGAUUUAUUUCAGAUUCUUCAUUCAUUAUUUUAAUUUGAAAAAAUAUCAGGAUUCGAAGAUAUAUUUCGAUAAAUGUAAAGAAUACGACUAUGUUGAUCCAACUUUACCACUUUGGGAAUCUAGACUGAAUAAAAAACUGGAAAAAUUAACCAAGAACAAAGGGAAAACUAAUGUAUCAACACAAGCUACUACAGCUCCGACCGCAACCACGAAGAGUGAAUUGAAAGAACAAAAAGUCACACCGACUCCCACUUCUAGCAUUCCUAAGGCAGUUCCAGCAGCAUUACCAGAAAUACCACAGCCCACCAAAUUUAGAACAGAUUGGUACCAAACACCUAAGACAGUAACAUUAUCUUUAUUUACCGCUAGUUUACCUAAAUCUAAAGAAGACAUUCAAACAACAUUAUCUUCCAAAGAUAAAAGAACAUUAAAUGUCUCAUAUCCUAUUCCUGACACAAGUUCGGAAUUCCAAUAUAAUGCCAAAUUAUCUCAUGAAAUUGAUCCAGACGCAAUUAACGUACAAUUAUACAGCAAAAAAAUGGAAUUUACUUUCACCAAAGUAGAUGCAGUUCAAUGGAAAACUUUGGAAUCUGCCGGCAAUGAUGAUAAACAAGAAAUUAAGCAAUUUGAAUCAACGCCUAGUACCGGCAGUAGUACUAAUUUGAGCUAUCCAUCGUCAUCUAGGAAACAAACAGAUUGGUCUAAAUUAACCCUUGAUAAUAACGAUGCUGCAUAUGGAGACAACGACGAUGAUGAAGAAGGAGAUUCAGCAGAUGCAUUUUUCAAAAAACUAUAUGCGGGUGCUGAUCCUGAAACGCAAAGAGCAAUGAUGAAAUCAUUCAUUGAAAGUAAUGGUACUACUUUAAAUACUAAUUGGGAAGAGGUAUCUAAGAAAUUUGUGAAACCUGCUCCACCAGAAGGUACUGAAUUGAAACAUUGGUAA